CUGACGCGUCUCACCCAGCUGGCGCGUACACGCGUUUAUAGUUUGACAGUGACUUGCUCGUUAGCAUUUCUCGAAUGGUUUCUAGACAGCUUCAAACUCUCUACAGAGACUUGCAGCGUGCAUUCGACGCACGGCCGGCCGAUCUGAAAAAAUGUGGUGUUCUGCUUGCACAGCUCAAGAUCGGCUUGAUAGAGUCCGGAUUACUUCUACCCAAUGGUGAGGCUAGCCUGAACGAUAUGGUUAUUGCACGCGACAUUCUCGAAAUCGGUGCAUUCUGGAGUAUACGAGCAAAGGACGUGCCUUCAUUUGACAGAUACUUCUCCCAGCUCCACACUUUCUACACAGACUAUAGGUCGAGCCUUCCGCCAUCCAAGCGCGAGUUUCCCCUCCGGGGCCUCAAUCUCAUCCGUCUACUCACUCAGAAUAGGAUAGCUGACUUCCACACUACCCUCGAGUCUCUUCCACUUGCUGCCGACGAAAUCAGCCUGAAUCCUUACAUCCGACAUCCGGUCAACCUCGAACGGUGGCUUAUGGAGGGAAGUUAUAGCAAGGUUUGGAACGCCCGGGAGGAGGCUCCUGCAGAAGAAUACAAGUUCUUCGUGGACAGCUUGAUGGGGACCAUAAGGAAUGAAAUUGCAAGCUGUGAAGAGGUAGCUUACGACAGUCUUCCAAUCAAGGAUGUCGCCACGUUGCUGUUCUUUUCUUCGCAAUCUGAACUGCUUAAAUAUGCUCAAGAGCGGGGAUGGCAAGUAGAUUUGAGUGCCGGUCUCAUCAGGUUUGCGCAGAAGAACGACGAACAGAUGGAAAUUCCUAAGCAGAAACUCAUCGAAGCAAAUCUUGCUUACGCCCGUGAGCUCGAGCAGAUAGUGUAAACGAGUUCCAGUGUACAAGUACCCCGUUUAAGGAGUGG